UAACACAAAUAGGUACACACGAAUUGUUCAAAGCAAGUGUCGCGAAAGCUUUGGAUAAAAGCGUUGAGUUAAAUCUUUCCUACUUAUUAUGUAAUUAGAAAGACAGUGGAAGGUUAUCAUAUUUAUUUAAGUCGUGCACGAAAGUUAAGAUAUCGCCGACGUAUAAUUGCAUGCGUACCUGUGAUUUUACUGUGUACCUACUUCCAUGUUUUCAUAUUCGCGACUUCGUCACUUUGCGCUGACCGUGACGAUCGGGCUACCGCGCCGCUCAUCCUCCUCAUCGACCAGGGAGAUCCUGCGUCUGGGCGCCCCUCGCAGCGGCCCUCUGCUGCUCGUCUCACCGGGUCAUGUGCUCGGGUACGACCCGCUGCUGAAGGUGGCUCGCUGGGUGUGUGAGCGUCUCGUCCAGGACGGUUCCGGCUCUGCCCGAGCCCACGGCCGCCGGCCCGGGUUCCGAGCCGACCCCCGUCUGUCCCCGCAGGCAGCCGCCCGACCGUUUGACCUGCGCGGCAGCGGCCUCAAUCGAGGCCACCUGGCGGCGGCGGCCAACGCCACCUGUCGGCGCUCGCUGCAGUUCAGCUUCCUAAUGUCAAACGUGGUGGCGCAGCCGGCGGCGGUGAACGGAGGCGUGUGGCGGCGCCUGGAAGGUCGCGCCCGCGCCCUGGCCGCAUCAGGUCCGGUGUGGGUCACCUCGGGUCCACUGUUUGUGCCGAGGGCGGAGGCGGACGGCUCUGUAGCCCUGCACGUGCCUCUGGUGGGUGCCGGCCGGUUACCAGUGCCCACUCAUCUCUUCAAGCUGCUCGUGUACCCCGGGAAGGGCGGCCGGCUCACCUCGGAGGCGUAUGUGGUGCGGAACGGACCCGAGAACGGCGCGAAGGCGCUCCGGGAGUGCACUGUCACGGUAGAGGAGCUGGAGCGGCUCAGCGGUCUAAGGCUGCUGCCCCGGGUCCGCAGGAGCGACCUGCACCAGCUGACCGCCGCAGACUUGUGACCCGACUAAAACGAGACCUGAUACCUUCAUCUCUGCUGUUUACGGAUUAUAAAGUGCACUGUUCAAAAGAAAAUAAAUACCUGCAGUCUGCACAA